AUGGAAAAGGAAUGCCCGGGAGCAGGUGCAGACUUCUUAGCCCUUAUCUCAGAGGGGGUAUCACGAGCCAUCAGAGGACAGAAGAUUUACAAGAGCUCAAUGAACGAGCAAGAGCAAAGGCAAAAGCCCUCCACUCAAAGUGACAACAAGAAGACAUGGGCCUCCAAAGCGGCCGCAGGGAAUCAGAGCAAAGGAGACAAAAGGAUCAUGAUUCGGCUAGAUCGAGAACACGAAGCUCGAAAAGCAGACCCGUUUUUACUCCGCCAACAAGUCCAAAGGCUGAUCCCCGACCCAUCAAUUGUUGUUGACGCAUGUAUUUUACAGCAUAGUGAAGCCAUUGCUGCAAGAUUUGGUAAUGCUACGGUGGAAAGACAAGAGACUUGGACGACAUUUGUUGUCGGCCCUAUUCCAAAGAAAGUUAACACAUUAGACAGAGCCUAUGACCCACUUGAAGGGCUUUUACUAGAGGAGCCGGCGAUUCGAGCUAUAAAAGAUGACACUCCUAUUCGACACAUAGCCUGGAAACGUCGGUCUACAGACUCUCUGAGCCCAUUUGGGCACAUCAGAAUUCAUGUUCCUGAGGCAAGGGCACAUAUAGUGCCAUCCCGGAUGCAGCUUUUCGGACAAGCAACAAGCGUCCAACGAGUUUCGAACAAGCAGCUAUUGUGCACCUGCAAUAAAUGUUUUGGCUUCCAGGCCAUAAGAACCUGCGCCCGACAAUUUAAAUGCGCCUCUUGUGGAAUGGAUUCUCACAAAGGUCCAUGCUCACAACAAAUAUAG